CGGAGCUUCGACUGUGAUUUGUCUCGUCUUUCUUGAGAUUGAGAUGGUCCGGGGGAGUGAGGAUGUGGAGGCGUCGGAGCUUCCAUGGCCCUGCGGCUCUUCGAUUUCAAGCCGGUAGUUAUCAUCAAGUUGUCGCUCCUCUGCUUCGCAAUCACACUCAGGUAUGCAAUUUCGCAUCUGCUGCCGGAGCUGUCAAGCACGAAAUUGAGAGGCCGAGAACCCUCGAUGAGGCCCAGAAUUGCUUCCAUAGCAUGACUCUCAUGCAGCCUCCGCCUCAUGUUUUUGAGUUCUGCCGUCUCUUGGGAGCGGUUGUCAGGAUGAGACACUACUCCUCUGCGAUUGGUUUGAUCGAACGCAUGGAUGUGUUAGGGCUCGCCUGCCAUAUCUCUGUCUGGAAUAUCUUUAUAAAUUGCCUCUGCCAUCUCAAGGAAGUGGAUCUCGGUUUCUCUGCUUUGGCUAAACUGAUCAAGCUUGGGCUUCGACCGGACUCCGUCACCCUAAAUACUCUGGUCAAUGGGCUUUGUUCCAAGGGUGUGAUUUCUAAAGCAGUGAUGCUUGCCGAUGAGAUGUCGAGCAUUGGGUUCGAGCCCGACUCAUUCACUUGCGCAACAAUUAUAAAGGGUUUGGUGAGGACUGGCAAGACCGACCUUGCCGUCGGAUUGAUGGGCAAGUGGGAGAAAGUGAGCGGCAGGCUGAAUGCAUUUGCUUAUAACACAGCCAUUGAUGGCUUAUGCAAGCAGGGACGAGUGAUAGAGGCUUUCAGCCUCUUAAACAGGAUGGUCCAAAGAGGCAUUCAACCAGAUGUCGUUACUUAUAACACUCUGAUUCGGGCUCAGUGCAACAUGGGGCAAUGGCAUGAGGUCCAUAGACUGUUUCAGGAGAUGGUGCAGAGGGGAAUACUUCCGAACGUAAUUACAUUCAGUAUUUUGGUGGAUGCAUUCUGUAAAGAAGGGGAACUUUCGGAAGCAGAACGCGUCUUCGAAAUGAUGGCCCAGAAAGGUGUGGAGUCCGAUGUAGUCACAUACAAUUCAAUAAUUGAUGGCUAUUGCCUUCAUAAUCGCGUGGAUGAUGCUGCUAAGCUAUUCGGCCUGAUGCUUGAACGGAAUUAUGCUGCUAAUGUUGUCACUUAUAAUGCAUUGAUCAAUGGAUAUUGCAAGUCCAAACAAAUCCAUAAAGCGUGGCUUCUAUAUCAAGAAAUGCUUGGCAAGGGUUUGAUUCCUGAUGUGGCGACGCACACUACUCUCAUCGGGGGCUUCUGCCUGGUUGGCAAUUUUCAUGCUGCAGCGCUACUAUUUGACAAGAUGCAUGCUUAUGGGCAACCUCCAAACGUCCAAAGUUACGCCACUAUGUUAGAUGGCUUGUGUAAAGCAAAACAAGUAGACAAGGCAAUUGCAGUGUUCCAGCAAAUGGAGAAUCAUCAGUUGGAGCCUAGCAUCGUGAUUUACAAUAUCCUCAUCAAUGGUCUAUGCAAUGCAGGGAAGCUCGAACCUGCAAGAGAACUCUUCAAAGGUUUGUCUGCAAAAAAGGUGGAACCUGGUGUUGUCACUUUCAACACAUUGAUUAAUGGAUUGUGUAAUGAAGGUCAUAUAAGCGAAGCCUUCACAUUAUUUAAUGAGAUGGAAGGAAGGGGAUGUGUCCCGAAUUCAGGCACAUACAAUGUGUUGGUUAGAGGAUUUCUUAGAAAUGGCGACAAGUUAAGUGUGGAGCAGUUGCUACGAGAAAUGAAUCAGAAAGGUCUCGCUGCAGAUGCAUCAACAGCCGAACUCUUGCUUGAUCUAUUAUCAAAUGAUGCGUCGAUUCUAAAACUAGUACAUAAUAUUUAGUGAAUCUUUUGUCUUUCUUCUCACGGGGAAAGUGAUUGAGAAAGGAAUCUCUGUAGAUGCAUGCUCGAGGCGAACUUUUGCCUAAUCUGUCAUCCGGUGUUUGAUCCAUUGAUUUAUGACUCUUUGGGUGAAAGGAUUAAGUGCAGGGUAUAAAGUUCGAAGGUAAAGAUUCAAGACUUGCCGGUGUUACUUUUCUUCAUGACUUGACUCAGAGUAGAUUUCCUCUGCUGUUUCCUGAGUUCUCGAUUUUUGCGCUUGACUAUAAAAGCAUUAGUUGGGUUCAUUUUUACAUUGCUUAGCAUAAUUAAAUCUAUCCAGUAGGAAGGCUAGGAAAUUGGUGCUCAUCAAACUUCUUUAAUCGAUGAAGCAAAGGGAUGCAAGACCAAAUAAUGCCGUAAGUUAUAACCGUAAAAACUAGCAUCUUCAUGAACUCUGUUCUUUAACCAGUAAUAAGAAUAACUGGCAUCAUUCUUUUUUCUAUUCUUUAGUCGAUACAGCAUUCGUUUCACAAAAAAUGAAACUUGUGCUCACCAGGGUAUUAGUGAUUUCGAGAAUGUUGAAGGUUAGAUGGAAUUUUGAUCAUGCUGAUUCAGUUGUUGGAUGUUCUUGUGUUGAAUUUAUCAGAGAAGGAUAAGUCCACUUUGCGAGGGUUUCGAUCUUACAGUCAAAAAGAGAAGCCUAGGAAUGUGGCAAAACUUGGCUGGGCAUUGGUUCAUCUGCCCUAGAGGUUGGGAGACUCGAGUUAAUCAAAUCUACUACGGGGGGAAUUUUUGUGCAGGUUGGCUUGCGGGGAAGGCCAAGCAUCUUCCAUUCAGUCUUGUUUACAACCAAGAUAAGAGAGCGGAAAACAUUUUCCCGAUCAAAUUCAUUUUCUUUGAGGAUCCGCUUGUAUUAGUAAUCAAGUGUAAAGCUGGUGUUCCAGAUGUUGCAAUGUGGAGCACGGGGGCUGGUGGACGUUCAUGAUGCUGCGAUGGUGAGCAGGGCGGCAAUUGCACCCCUGCACUCGAGUAAUUUUUAUUUUUAGUGAAGGCGCUCACAGAUCUCGGUUAUGGAUGAGGCCAAAACAUGGCAGCUCAGUAGCGAGGGCUGAUCUUCGAAUGGUGCGUUCAGUUUACCUCAGAGAAAGCAACUAAUGCAUUGCUAAUUCCUAAUCGAUACUGCAUGCAUCAACGCCGUUACCUCCCGACACAAGGGAUGAAUUUUUCCAUUGUUUAAUGUAUUCGUGUUUGCCCGGGGGAUGGUCGUCAUUGUUUUGACUUUAGGCCUCAAUAAUUUCGAUAAUUUAACAGUUUAUUCGGUGAUAUGUUGGUAUUUGAUGGAAAAACAAAGGUAUCCCCAACGCAUUGAAAGUUUUUUUUGGUCUUA